GUCACAGCAGACAUGCGCAGUCCUCACUGCCACCAGCUUUGUUGGGUUGCUACCUGCUACUGCUAACUAGCAAGUAUUUCCUGCCAGCCAGUGACUGGACACCGAUAUGGACAUCGACGCGUUAUUGGAAGCAUUUCAAGAUUUUGAGAAGAAAGGGAAGAAAGAGACCUGUCCUGUACUAGAACAAUUCCUGUGUCAUGUUGCCAAGACAGGGCAGCCACUACUUGCAUUUCCAAUAUAUUCCAGGAUCCCGUGGUCCCAGUUCAAAACGUACUUCAUGUUUAAGUUGGAAAAAGUCAUGGAUGAUUUCCAUGCUUCAACACCAGAACAGAGAGGACCACAUAAUCCCAAUGUAGAGUAUGUUCCCUUCGAAGAGAUGAAGAAGAGGAUCUUAAAAAUAGUGGAUGGUUAUAAUGGAAUCCCAUUCACUAUCCAGCGUCUGUGUGAACUGCUUAUGGACCCCAAGCGCAACUACACAGGGACAGACAAGUUUCUCAGGGGUUUGGAGAAGAAUGUAAUGGUGGUCAGCUGUGUGUAUCCCACAUCAGAGAAAAAUGGGGCAUCCAGUGUAAACAGAAUGAAUGGAGUGAUGUUUCCUGGUAACUCUCCACUAUAUUCAGACAGUCGAAAUGUAAAUGGACCAGGCACACCGAAACCACUCAACAGACCAAAGUUAUCAUUGUCAAGUUCACUUUCCACCAACGGGCUCCCUGACUGUCCAGUCAGCAAAGAGCCAGAGCCAACAACAGAGGACACUGAGGAGCAUCAUAUCAGUGAUUCCUCGCUAUCAGAGGGUGAAAUCUCACCAAACAGUGGGAUAAAGAACAAACACCCAGAGGAGGAGGAAGAAGAGGAUUCUGAUGCUAACAAGCAAGAGGUCAAGAGGCUCAAGUUUGAGGAAAAGGAAGAGGAUGAAACGGAAAGUGAAGGAAAAGAGUCAUCUUGUCAUAAAGGGUCAGAGAGCUUGUCAGAGACACCGGAGUCUUCAAAAGACUCUUGUGGUCAAGAGUACAAGAGUGGAACAUCUUGUGACACACCUUCUGUUUCAGAGGACCAUGAGCCCAGUAGCACACAGACAGAAACCUCUGAAAGGGAAGGAGAAGACACAUCUGAGACAGGAGAUGUCCACAGUCAGCAGAAUGACAGCAUUGUGGAGCAACCUGACCUGCCAGCUCCAUCAGAGAAGAAUACAAGCUUUGAGCAGGACAAUGGGGAGAGCAGCAGCAGCAGCAGUGGCAUGAGUGACGGAGAAGGCCUGCCCAGCGACAAGCAGGUUGCCUCUUCUUCUAGUAAUUCACCAGACAUGUCAACAGAGGGCGAUGCUGACAAUUCAAACAGCACAGAGACUGCAAUAGAGCCUGGGGAACAUGACUAACUCAAAGCCCCGCCUGCCAACUGACUGUUUUUUUUACACUGUAUGAUACCACACCAAGGGUAUAACUGUAGCACUGUGGACCUUUAGACUUCACGACCAGGAGCGAUGUGGACCCUGAGAUUCCUCACAGAAGGAUCUUUUUGUCCUCCUACGUCGUUUCAGCUACUCAAGGCUACACAUCACCUGGUCUUUAAACUAGAAGAAAAUGAUUCAAAGAAGAUUAUGGAGACUCAGCUUUUUUCACUGUUGACUAAAAGUUUUUCUAAUCUUUUUUCCCUGAUUUUUAUAUCUCAGCAUUUUAAUUUAACCUUGAUAACUGAUGUAUUCCAUCAUUUCAUUAUUCAUUAAUCAUUUGGCAUGAAGAUACAUUUGACAGUUUGGGUUGUAGUUUGGCCUAAGCAUAGUUGUUUGUUGCUUUGACUCUGAUGAAUGUGUCUUUCUCCAGGUGAAUGAGGAAGCCUGCCAUUACGAAUGCAAAGCAAAACUUCACGGAUGUCUGUUUGCUUUUUGAAGCACAUACCUGAAAAUGUCUUUCUUAUUAACAUUAUGUUGCAUUUGUUAGCAGUGACUCUUUGAAGGAUGUAGAAAAUAUCACAAUUUUGUUUUGUCACUGUAUGAAGCCCAUAUUAACACACAAUAUUGCCAGUAGUAACCAGUUUGGUGAGAUAGAAUAUCAAUUUGGCUCAAGGGAAGCCGUUUUCUGCACCAAACUCUGUCAACAGAACACAAGGUACUUUUACACUUUCUGUAUGUCAUACCUUAGUUGUACAGCUGUCCCUUUUGAUAGCUAGAAUUUUUACAGUACAUAUCUGUAAAUCAGUUUUUGUAGACUUGUAAUACGUGUCCACUGCCUUCGUAAAACUGAUAAUCGCUGGAAAUUGAAUGCUUGAGCUUGUAUCAUAGUAUUCAUGGAAAGCAAUAAAUGCUAAAACUUAA